CUCUCACUGCUCACUCGUGUUCUCUGCCCCGUUGUAUAAAUUUCUCCCCCCCCCCCUCUCUCUCUCUGUCUCGUUGUGGUAUCCGUAGUAGACUUAGAUUAUAACUCGUGAUCGGUCCAGCCAGGAGUCUUGUUCAAGAGCCUAAUAGAAAGUUUUUGUUAGAGAGAGAGAGAGAGAGAGAGAGAGAGAGAGAGAGAGAUGGCAGCACCCGCGGCAGCAGCGAGACAGAUCCCGAUCGUGUGCCCAGGGCACUCCCGUCCGUUGGCAGAGGUCUCCUACUGCCCGGAGACGCCGGACGGAACCUUCCUGAUCAGUGGUUGCCAUGCCAAGACCCCGAUGAUCCGUAACGGGUCUACCGGAGACUGGAUCGGGACCUUCGUGGGGCACAAGGGGGCGGUGUGGGGGGUGGCGCUUGACGACACGGGCCUCCUCGCGGCGACAGCGUCCGCGGAUUUUUCGGCUCGGUUGUGGGACGCCGUCACCGGGAAUCAGGUCCACGAGUUCGUCCACAAACACAUCGUCAAGACGGUGCACUUCGCCGCAGACAGGUCGAAGCUGGCCACGGCCGGACACGAGGGCAUUCUCAGGAUCUUCGACACAGCGUCCCCCGGGAGCCCCCCAACCGAGAUCACAGUGUUUCCCGGGGGAGAGGAAACACCAAAGGUUUCACGAGUAAUCUCGAAGGCGAGGUGGGGCAAGGACCCCAACACCGUCUUGACGGGGUCGGCGGACGGGUUUGUUAGGGUGUGGGAUGUUCGGAGCGGGGAGAAGAUUCGAAAGGUGCAGGUGGCGGGGGCGGUGAUGGACCUGGAGAUGUCGUGGGAUAAGAAGAUCGCCACCGUCGCAGCGGGGGACACGGUGCACUUCUUCGAUACAGGGGGCAAGCGGUUCAUGGCGGGGGGAUCGGAUCUAUGGGUCCGCGUGUUAGAUUUCGACACUGGGGCGGAGCUGGAGUGUCUCAAGGGGCACCACGGACCGGUCCGGUGCUUGAGGUACGCCCCCGACGGAAAGACGUACGCGACGGGGUCGGAGGACGGAACCAUCCGCCUGUGGCAGAGCAACGCCCCCUCCGCAGCAGCCGGGGCAGCGGCGGGGACAAGCGGUGCAGACGGAACCGCCGCCCGGUGAUGAGGAAGCGAAUCUGCCGGGCUCUUGUUUGUGGUUUCCGCCGAGCCAGCUAGUGCACGCGCGGAAGACGAUUGAUCGGUGCACGCGUGGUCGUGGAUGUCUUGUUUCGUGGGGUUUCCGUCGCAGGGAGGCUUUUUCUUGGUUUUUUGUCACGUCGUCGCCGACCGCUCUCGAGCUCUCUUUUGUUUCAUCACAUGUCGUUCUUUUUUCGUUUCUUUUUGUUGUUCCUUUUUCGUGAAAUUCGGUCUUUCGGGUCGGGUAAAAUCUUCCGUUCCGCUUUUUUUUGUUCGGGAUUUGUUUUGGUCGGUUUCGUUUCGGGAGGGGAAGAUGGGGGCUCCUCUUGAAGGCUAUUCUGAGUAGCCUUCGGGGUGUGGAGUGACCCCACCCAGCCUACCCAUGCGCGCGCAGCACGCUGUGCUACGGACCAGACUCUUGAAAAAUAGGCACGGAUAAAAAUCUACAUGCGCCCAACCAU